GGGAGAGGAGGGGGAGAGAGAUGAUAACGUGGCGUCUUGACAUAUGGGGCCACGCUGACUCACCCGCCACAUAGGAUAAAACCGGGGUCAAAACCACCUAAGGAUGACAAGGGACCUUUGGUGUACUUUUUCCAAAAAGAAAAAAGAAACCGCUGCUGGUUGGGCCUGGGCCGGCCCACCGAUUAGCGGCCGAUAUAGAUUUUCAUUUCCCGCUGGCAACGCGAGGUUUCUUCUCCAGAAAAUUCAACUUCAAUUCCCCAUCCAACUGAGCUGCAUCGCCGCCGUCGCCGCCGCCGCCUCCGCUCGCCGACGGCGUCGUCCUCGACUCCUCCGCCACCCGCCUGCUCCAUCUCCUCGUCUUCCUCUUGCCACCUUCUCCUCUUCCUCUCCUUGCAGCUUCCUUCCCUGCCUCCUCCGCUACAAGCCAGAUCCAUCCCCAUCUCCGCUCACCACUGCCCUCGUCCACGACUCCGUGGGUAUCCAAAAAGGACAAACAAAAAGUAAAUUUCUUCAAUCUCACUGGCACGCUCAGUCGUCAAUCCACAUGUAAAUGGCCUCGCCGUGCCGCAUCCCUGCAGCCACCGGUCGGCAACAAAGAGAACAAUAUCUCCCAAAAUCGACACCAUGUCUUGGAUUGCCAAACCCCGUGCGAAGGCAAAGGCGCGGCUACCUCUAAAAAGAGGAAGAACAAGCCUGCAGGGGGGUUCAAUCUCAGAAAAAGCAUCGCAUGGAAUCCUGCUUUCUUCACUGAACAAGGCGUUUUGGAUAACACGGAGCUUUCUAUGCUUACUGGCUCCCAAGUGAAGGCAACUAGGAGCCCUGCCUCUGGAUUUUCUUCUACCUUUUCCCCAUUGUCUAGGUUUGGAAAAUCUAGCAAUACAUCUGUGCUCAAGGAAGUCGGAGAGAAUUCUCGUGGAAAAUUUCCUUCAAAAUGUUUGAGCGCAGAAAACAAGGGAAGGAAGUUGUUUGCUUCCUCAAAAGCUUCUGAGCAGGAUGAACGAAAAGCACCCGCGGGCACACAGGAUAAAAGGUCAGCAAAAGCUGUCCAAAAGUCCAUUCCACGACCACCUGCAGGAUAUAAACCAAAAAAAGUGCCAAACUCAAGUGGUACAGCUCAAAUACAAAGGAUACCAAAGAAGUCUGAACCUUCUCCUUCUGUGGUCUCUAGAAGUAGAAGUACCUCAUCUGUGACAAAUGUUCCCAAACCAACAACAAGGCCAGCUACAGUUACAAGUGAGCGUACACAUAAAGUAGAGGGGCUCCCACUUGAAUCGAAGACUGAGCGUUCAUCUGUAAUUAAAUCUUCUGGACCUACCAUAGGGAAGAACAUGGUGCCUACUGUUACUGCCAUCUGCCAAGAAACCAAUGGUUCUGGGAAAUGUGAAACUUUUUCACCAUAUUCACAAGAUAACCCCUCCAGUUCUGUUGUCGCCCCUGCACGAAUAUCUGCUAAGCCAUCUGCUCUCCGGAUGCCUUCACCUUCAGUUGGCUUUUUCACUCAGGGAAAAGCUUCUGUAUCACAUAGUGACAAUGCUCAAAGAAAUCCAGAAAGGUGCUUUAGUGGAAAUAUUUCAUCACUUGUAAAACCCCCCAGGUAUAAACAGCCUGUGGAUCCAAAAAGCAGAUUCCAUCUAACAAAGCAGCUGCCAACCAAUUUCUCUGCUGCUUCCAGUCUUCCUGUGCAACCUGCCACUCGUGAUCCCAAUGUCUUGGCCUCUUCUCUACCUGGUGUUGAGGAUACUAACGUUCGUUCACUGAAGCAAUCCUUAUCAGAAAGUACUGUACCAUACUCAGAAAAAUCAGGGAAUAUAAAUUAUCAAGAAAUGCCAGAUGAUGAUUUUUCGUUGGCUGGAAAUGGAGCUACUACAGAGUUGAGUUUUAGAGAUAAUGAUGGUGGCAGAAAUAUCAUGCCCAAUGAGUGCAGUGUUGCGCUGUCUGUCGGACAGGAUCUUAAUGCUAUUUGCUGCUCAAGCAUUGAGCCUGCUGAGGAUUCUUGCUUUCUUAAAGUCAUUUGCUCCUCGAGCGAACCUACCGUGGGGAGGAACUUGACAACAUCUUGCAUUUCUUCUCCAGGGUGCACCCCAAAUGAUCUCAAUUCUCAAAGCAAGUCUGACAAUGGUGAAACAGCAGUUGACAUAGAAAAUUCACUUUCUGGAGAGACAUCUGGUACAGUUUGUUCAUCAGAAGGCAACAAUUGCACUUCAGCUACAGAUUCCUUGCGAAAAUCCGAUUCCUGCCAUCAGCAGAAUAUGCUAGUUCAGUCUGUACAUUGUACAGAUCAAAUGCCACAGUUUGAUAGUUCAACAGGCAUAAAACCAUCUCUAGCAUACAGCCAGUUAGACUCCAACACUUCUUUGUGUAGUGAAGUUCAGCUUACUUCAUCAGAAGGACCAGAUAUUGAUAGUGAAAUGGAGCUUGAUACAGAUGAUGCAUUCACUGUGGAGGAACCUCCCCUGUUACAUGUAGGGGGUGAAUGUGACCAUGAUUACAGGAGUGCAGAAUGUUCACAUAUGAACCUGGCAGCGCCUUCACCUCGUGUAGAUCAAAAGGCACUAGCUGGCAAUUUGACUGAAAAAGUAGAUACAGCUGACGGUAGAACAGAAUCACAUCACUGUUCGACCCAGGAAAGACGACCUAUUUUAUCAGAAGAACAAGAUACUGAAGAUACAAUUGAGUUUGACACCAAGUUGUCGUCUUCAGAGGGUGCAUCAAGUAUAGAGAGGAUUAAGUCAGUGGGUAAAUCAAGAACAAAUACCAUAAGUAAAGAUCAUCUAAAAAACUUGGUACCGUUUACAGAAGAAUGGCUUGCUGUCAUGGAAGCUUUUGGAGAGGAAGUUUUGGAACAGAAGACGGGCGCUGUGCAAAAUUCUCCUACCGACAAAGCUGCUCCAGAACCUAGUCCAUGGUCACCGGUUAAACGGAAAGCUCAAGAUGUUGGGCCAUUCGACUGUACCAAGUAUUCCAAGAACGUCAGAACAAGUGACUGAUGAUACCCCUUGACAGCAAUCAAAUCGUUGGCCUUGGACUUGUCUUGAGGUCAGAGCACAACACGAAGCCUUGCUCGCAACAAGUUGGUCCUGUUGUUCCAUGUAAUUGGCUAACCUUGUACAUGAGACAUUCACAAGCCUUGCCACUGCGCUUACUUGCGCUCAUUUUGCUGUUAUUUGGUUGCCAAAUUUGUAGAACAUCGUUCGGACCACGUCCCAGGCAAACGCUUGGCUAACAAAUCAAUAAAGGGAAACCUCUUGUUCCAUUU